GAUACGUCGUUCCUUGGCGGCCCUGAAAGCGGGCGCUGGUUGCGACGUUCCAUGGCUUCGGCUCUUGGCCAUGGGCUUCUUGGCCGGGUUGGUGCCGGCGCUUCUGGCGGCGCUGGCGUUCGGGGUGCAGUACGUGCCGGUGAAGAAGUACAAGAUAUAUGAUGGGACCACCUUUCAGUGGUUCAUGUGCUCGGGGAUCCUCUUCGUGGGGGUGGUGGCGGGCUUGCUGGGCGGGGACCUGGCGCGGGCCCCCGUGGACUGCGCGGUGCUGGGGGGCGGCGCCCUGUGGGCGCUCUCCAACUUCGCGGUGCUGCCGCUGGUGAAGCUGCUGGGCAUCGGCCUGGGCUUCUCCUUGUACCACUUCCAGAACAUGAUCGUAGGUUACCUGGUGGGCCGCUUUGGAGCCUUCGGCGUGCCCUGCCUGGAGCCGGCCUUCCCGGGCAGUUUGUACAUUUGCGACCUGGGCUGCGGGCUGAUCCUUGUGUCCUUCGUUGCCCUACUCCUCGUCGAGGGUGACAAUGAGAAGGAAGCAGCCAGCUCCCCAGCCCCUACAGUGCACGGGAAGAGCCAGAUCGAGCAGCCCGAGCUCACCGAGAAGACGAACCUCCGCCUGGAGUCGAGCGCUUUCUCCGCAUUUGCGCUGGAGGUGGAGGAGGAAGAGGAGGAGGUUCGGAGCCCCGAGACGGCGCCGCCGGAGGCGGCCAGGAGGAAGCCUUGGCAGACCUCUGCGCUGGGCGUGCUGCUGGCGAUUGUGGCCGGGAGCCUGGCCGGCGUGCAGAGUGUGCCGGCGACCUUGUACAACUUGGCGCACCCGCAGUACCCCUCCACCGCCGUGGUCUUCCCCCAGUGCGUGGGGGUGUGGUUUGCCUCUACGUCAAGUCCAAGGGCAUCUACCUGGUCUACUCCACGAUGGCGGGGUUGCGGAAGCGCCCGGUGCUGCAUGCAGUGAUCCGUCCCGCCUUUGUGAGCGGCUGCAUUUGGGCGCUGGGUUUCCUCUUUAUGAUCAAAGGCAUCCACCAGUUGGGCUUCGCCGUCGGCUACACGCUGGACGCGGUGGGGCCCAUCAUUGUAGCCAGCCUCCUCUCCAUCUGCUGGUUCCGGGAAAUCACGGGCAGGCGCCAGCUUAUGAUUUACUGGACAGCGGAGGGGCUGCAGCUGAUCGGCGUUGUUCUCAUCACCGCGUUCAGCAAGCAGUGAGGGGCCCACGGUCCCGAUUGCUUCCCGCACAACGCCC